UAUAGAAGUACUGAAGCAUCCAUAUUAACGGAUGCGGACACCGGAAGUCAUUCUUUUUUCUUUCUUUCCUGCCACCGUCCUUGCAGCUACCUACGUAAUACGUAUGCAUACAUGUGCUGAAUUUGGUGUUUGGCUUCUUCCUGUUGUGUACCGCACUGAUGAAAUCCGCUGGAAUUGGCAGUUAAUGCUAUUAAAAUAAUAUCAUAUGCCACAGAGCCGUCGUGAAACGGUCAAAGGCAUCGCUGUAAGUGUUAUCCUAUCCGGAUUCCGGACCAAUCACGUGCACUGGUUGCGGUCGCCGUGUAUCAGCGUUGUGUAGAAUGGAAGCGGCGUGACCGAUGAACGUCUGCCGCCUAAUUGGCCCACACCGUCAGUCACCCUUACUUCCGGGAAUCAAGUCGCAGCCAGCUAGUGCACACGCUGCACGCAUGACGCGCCGCACGAUCCCCUGAUUAAUUCUCCAUUUAACGCCGAUUACUCUCUCGUCGACCACGACAUGUAAAUCAGUACUCAUCCAAACGAUUAAUUGAUCAUUUCAUUUUAAAGAAGGCUUAAAAUUGGCGCUAAUCUGUGUGUGAGGAAUGGCGCCGCCAUGGAAGUACCGGUUUCCGAUGGCAUUCGUAGUGGACAGUGUGUUAAUCUUGUUGAUGUUGGGGAUGACCUCGUGGAGCAGCCCGGUAGAGGGGUACGGGUUCAUGGGAUUAAAGGGGGAUUACUGCUCGCGGCUGGUGGUGGCGGGCGCCGGCUGCUGUCCGCAGCGACAGGACGAGUGCGCGGUGGACGUGUACACGGCGCAGGGCCACACCAAGUGCUACUGCGACGACUUCUGCGACCGCCGCGACGCCGACAACAUCCCCGACUGCUGCCCCGACUUCUACACGCACUGCCGCGGCCACCACCCCGCCCCCGACCCGCCCCCCAACGUCACGCAGGCCCUCCCGCAGGUGCAAGGCUGCUGGGACGGCGAUUACUUUCACGAUGUGGGUGAUCACAUACGACGGAACUGCCGCGUUUGCGUUUGUCGGCCGCUGGCCAGCGAUCACGGCGAGGUGUUGGAGUUCCAGUGCGAGGACAGCGUGUGUCUGAUCCAGGAGGACCUCAUUCACAAGGUCAACAGCUACCCUGAAUACUACAGAUGGACGGCGGCCAACUACUCGUUCCUGUGGGGCCUGACGCUGGACGAGGGCUACCGCUUCCGACUGGGCACCUUCCGCCCCGAGGAGGACGUCUCGCGCAUGACGGAGAUGCGCACGGACCCGCGCACGCCCGUGCCCGACAGCUUCGACGCGCGCCAGCACUGGCCCGGCCUCAUCCACGACAUCCGCGACCAGGGCAACUGCGCCGCCUCCUGGGCCUUCUCUACCACCGCGUUGGCGGCCGACCGCAUCGCCAUCAUGACCAAAGGCGCGCGCAAUCUAAGUUUGUCGGUGCAGCAGCUGAUUUCCUGCAACUCCAACGGACAGAAGGGCUGUAGCGGCGGUUUCGUCGACCGCGCCUGGUGGUAUCUCCGCAAAAGAGGGGUGGUGGCGGAGGAGUGCUUCCCCUUCGAAGGCGCCUCCGACACGUCCCGCCGCUGUCCCGUGCAGACCGUCAUGGACCUGGCCGGCGUGCUCGAGUGCCCCGACCCGGCUUCCAACGAGCGGCGUUUAUAUGAGACCACGCCGCCCUACAGAAUCGCCCCCAGGGAAAGCGAAAUCCAGUACGAAAUCAUGACGAACGGGCCGGUGCAGGCGGUGUUCCACGUGUACCCGGACCUGUUCAUGUACCGCAGCGGCGUCUACCGGACUUCCAGCGACCUGCGCGAGGACGUCCGCUUCGUGAACUACCUGAACCCGCUGGCCUACCACUCGGUGCGCAUCAUCGGCUGGGGCAUAGACCACGCCCACGACCAGCCCCUCAAAUACUGGAUCUGCGCCAACUCGUGGGGCACCGGCUGGGGCGAGGAGGGCACUUUCCGCAUCGUGCGUGGCGAGAACGAGGCGCAGAUCGAGUCCUUCGUCGUCGGUGUGUGGGGCCGCCGACUCGGCGCGGCCUUCGACAACGACGAGGAGCUGCGUCGCCGCCGCCGCACCCUCGCCCACUUCCGCCAACGCCGGCAACAGCUGCGCGCCAACACAGACGAGGCGCUGCAGUCAUUGCGACAACUCCUGCCCACUUAAUAAUGCCCAAGUGCCGGUUUGGAUUGCUCUCUUGCCGGUAGCGCUUCCGGACCGGAAGCUGGCUAGUCGUCACCCGGAUGAACGUUCCCUAGUUGACCUUCCCGGUUAAGGCCGCCAAACGAUUCUAUUGCAUUUCCUUCCUUGAUCUGCUCGUUAUACUACUGCGGCAUGAAAACGUUAGUGCCGUUGUGACCUUUCGAUUGCCUGUUAACUGGUUGUCUGUGGCUGUUUUGUCGCUGGCUCAUAAUAUUGCCGCCUGUACAAUCAUGUAUUACGUACAAAUUAGUAAUUCUUGUAGAGCGCCAUUGAGCGGAAUAUGUGUUGCAAUGUUGAUAAGGUUUUCUACAGAUUUCUAUUCGGCUUCGUCGAUUUAUGUAACGCUUAUGUACCAGUGCGCGUUUUCAGUCGUGAAGAAAAUUUAUUGAUUUGUUCAUGUGUCCGGUUUUUGUGCGGGUUUUCUUGUUCGUUUAUAAACGAAUGUCAGUUUCUUGGAUGCAGAGUUAAUACUGAGAUGC